UACUGGGCUUUCGAAUUAUGGCGGGAUUUUCGUAAUCGAAGUAGAGAUUUUCAGUAAUUUUUCGUAAAGCUUUGAGGCUUCCUUCGGCAAUGAGUUGGGCAAAAGAAGAAUGGAAGCAAGAAUUAUCAGCCAAUGCUAUCAAAAAUGUGUACGAGCUUGAGCAAAAAUGUGAAACAUUCCAGAAGGACUGCAAACAAAGGCAGUUUCAGUUGGACAGUUUACAAGCUGCUUUGGCCAAACAGAAGAAGCUAACAGAUGAUGAAAAGGCGAACUCUUCCUCUCUAAAGAAAGAGAAUCAUUCCCUGACUGAAUCCAUUCAAGAGUUAGAGCGAAAUCGAGAAAAGACUCUUCACGAUUUGAAUGCGAAGGAAGCACAGAUUCGUUGCCUUGAUGGUAAACUUGCUCGCUGUCAACAGAUGCUCGAUACGGAAAGUGCCAGUAAACUUCGACUGACAAAUGUUUUGGAUCAUUUGCAGCACGAUCAUAACCAGCUUGUGGAAAAAUAUGAAAAACAGAUGGCGGAUUUGACCAAAUCAAAAGAGGCAAAUAACCAACUGCAGAGACAACUCGCCGGUCAUAAAGAAAGAGUAAGAGCAUUAGAGAGUCAACUGAAAAGACUGGGCGAAGAACCACAUGCAAGAGUGCAGAAAAGCUCAUCUGGAUCAGAAUCUGAGUUGGAAUGGCAUUCUAAUCAGGAAAACAAGAUCAAGGAAAUAGAAGCAAAUCUUCAAAUGGAGAGAGAACAGCGCCAGAAAAUUGAAAAAGAACUACUUGCACUAAAAUUCAUUCCAGUAAAAGUUGACAGUGAGGUAUGA